ACCGCACCUUGCAAAAUGGGAGGGCCUUAGCGAGGACAGGAGAGAGAGAAGUGGGUGGGGGUAAUAAAUAUUCAAACGGCACCUGAUUUAUUUUGCAGCUUGUAUCCCAGAAGGAAACUGACAACCGAGACCAACAAAACAACGCAGUCAGCUUAUCUAAAGCCUUAUAACGUCUCAACACUGACAUCUUGUGAAAAACUACUUCUAAAUCAUAAUGAUCUGUGAUCACUGCGGUUUUAAUUGAACAGGGCGAAAAAGGGGAGAGAUCGACCUGCUUUGAUUACAAUUGUGUACAAAGGAUUUCUAUAAUUUCCCAGGCACUGCGAGAACGGGGAUUGGGGCAAUACGUUCUAUUACUCUGUAUUCACUUUCAGAUACAGUAUUCGUAGGGGAUAGCACCACCGUCUCCAGUUACCCCCAGUCCACACGGACAGUAACAUAGACACCCUUGUUUACCGUUAUGGCAAACGAAUCUUUAGCAAAUGGAGGAGGCACAAGGAACCCCAUACCCAACAGCCUUUCAUCCUUGGAGCUGGACUCGUCCCUGGAUCACAGUGUCCAGACAAGGAUAUUUAAGAUAAUUGUGAUCGGGGACUCGAACGUAGGGAAGACCUGUCUAAGUUUCCGCUUCACCGGCGGCAGCUUCCCAGAGAAGACAGAGGCCACCAUCGGGGUGGAUUUCAGGGAGAAAACGGUGGAGAUCGAGGGAGAGAAGAUCAAGGUGCAGGUGUGGGACACGGCCGGUCAGGAGCGCUUCAGGAAGAGCAUGGUGGAGCACUACUACCGCAACGUGCACGCCGUGGUCUUCGUGUACGACGUCACCAAGAUGGCCUCGUUUGAGAACCUCAAGACGUGGAUCCAGGAGUGCAAUGGGCACCACGUGUCACCCGUGGUGCCCCGGGUCCUGGUGGGAAACAAGUGCGACCUGGUGGGUCAGAUCCAGGUGCCCUCCAACACAGCGCUCAAGUUUGCCGACUCCCACAACAUGCUGCUUUUCGAGACGUCCGCCAAAGACUCCAAGGAGAGCCAAAACGUGGAGUCCAUCUUCAUGUGCCUGGCCUGUCGCCUGAAGGCUCAGAAGUCUCUCUUGUACAGGGAUGUGGAAAGGCAGGAUGGCAAAGUGAAGCUCUCGCAAGAAUCUGCCUCCAAGAACUCCUGCCCGUGUUAAAUGAACUAUUGGUUUAGAAAAAAAAAACAUAAAGUAUGUGCCUGCAAUAUGUUUUGCUGAAACGAUUUUGCUUGUUCUCUUGCCUCUUUUUUUCCCCUCCCACUUCCUGUUGAAGCCCCCAUGCCCUGAACAGAACUAACUGCCUAAAUCCCUUUAAUGCUCUCGUUCUAAGGCAGCUUCCAGUAAUUGCGGAUUGUUAAUCAUGCUCUCAAGUGCUAGUAGUAAAAAAAAAAAAAAAAAAAAAAAAAAAAGCCGGAGUGGGACCCGGAACAGUUUUGUUACUUGGUGCAUCAAAUAGCAUCCUGUUUUAAUGUAGUGUUGUAGAGUUUUCCUAAAAGCUCAUGCUUUUGUAAUUAAAGGGAACUUUAUUUUUUGUCAGAAUAAUAGUUUCUCAAAUAGGCAAUGACUAAGCUAGACUUGUGAAUAAUUUUCCUUUAUAGAUGACUUUCUUAUAACAUUUACUGGAGGCUGGUAAAAUAAUACAGAAAACAGGACAGUCCAUAGAUGCCAAGUAAGGAAUCAUUUAAAUCAGGAUGGCUUGGACGAGAUGAUCCAUGCUGUUUCCAUUUGGGGGGGGGGGGGGGGGGUACAUUUGGAGGGCUUGACCCUCUCAUCUCAUCUCUAUUACAUUUAGUGGAGAGUGGGGGCUUGUUGUUCAGCGUGUGUGUGAGACAGAUUGAAAGCAAGUCUGAAGCCAACGGUUGCCAAGCUACUUGAGCUCUGUGGAUAAACUGGUUCUGCUGUGCCACUACGUGUUCACCAGCACUAAAUGUAUCAAAAUAUUUAUUUUAAAGAGUUACAUUACAUUAGUGGCAUACUGUGGUUUUUGAGGCUCUUCCAAGGAGCAGGCUUUGUUCAAUAUCUAAUAUCGAAAACUGCUUUUAUUUACUUUUAUCAUAUUGGACUCUUGGCAUCACACAAGGGGGCGCAAAAAGAGAAUCUUGUCAAUGAUCUGCAGUGUUAUAAAUCUGUGGCUCACAUGAAAAAGUAGUAAUAGUCUACGGUACUAAGUACAUACAGUACAGAGUGAAGUAAAUACAGUGAUGUGCAUCAGUACCUUAUUAGGUUUGGGGAUUGUAUCCCCCACACACCACAUGUCUGUGUAUUAUUCAAACCAGUCAGAACUAUUCCAAUCAGGGUGGUAUUUCAUCACAC